GUCGAAGAUUGAGAAGAAGAGCCCGGAAAUAAAAUGAUGUAAUUUAGUUAUGGCUUACCGUUGGACGCCAAAGGCUUUAACAAAAACAUUGAUUUUUAUUCAGAUUAACUUGUACGUUACUUGCGUGAUUGUCUUUAUGGCCAAUAUAUUUAACCAACGAAUUGAUUAUGCAUGAAGGCAACUACAAAUGCUCCACUACUGACUGGAAACAAUAAACUAUAAUUUGUGAAGAAACAUUGGACCUUUUUUGGGUGUCUGAACUUGAUGGAAAGUGAAUGAAAGAAAGUGGAGAGUUGGAUGAUUUAUGAAAGCUGUGGCAGGAGGUACCAAUGAGAAUGGCUUUCCUUGACAAUCCCACCAUCAUACUGGCCCACAUCCGACAGUCCCAUGUGACUAGUGAUGACUCAGGAAUGUGUGAGAUGGUGCUGAUUGACCAUGAUGUUGACUUAGAGAAGUGUUAUUUAGGUGCCAUAUCUGCUGGUAGUGGACUGACGGGUUUGUUGGGGGAUUCCAUUGUUAGUGGAGAAGUGCAGCCUUGUGACCUCUCUCAGUCCAUGGACAUCACUUCCAGUUGGGACUUUGGCAUCCGUCGGCGCUCAAAUACAGGAAAGGAAGAGAAUUUCAUGGGGCCAAAGCCUACUGCUCAACGGCUGGAAAGGCUAAGAAAGGAACGACAGAACCAGAUCAAGUGUAAAAACAUUCCAUGGAAGGAGAGGACAUCGUCUCAGUCAGCUGAGGACUUAAGCUUCCUUUUUGAAAAGAAGGACUUUAAGGACAGGCCUCGAAGCACAGGAACCAAAUCCACCCUCUCUCUACGCCUAGAGCAGUGUCCUCAGCAGCUCAACAACCCCUUUAAUGAGUACUCCAAGUUUGAUGGCAAGGGCCAUGUGGGUACAACUGCAACUAAAAAAAUAGAUGUCUACCUCUCAAUGCAGUCUACUCAGGAGAAGUUGCAUCCUAUGAUGGUAGUGACUAUGGCGAAUGCUAGAGUCCAAGAUCUUAUUGGCCUUAUUUGCUGGCAAUACACCAGUGAGGGCCGUGAACCAAAACUAAAUGAGAAUGUCAAUACAUACUGCCUCCACAUAGCUGAGGAUGAUGGGGAGGUCGAUACAGAUUUCCCCCCUCUAGAUUCCAAUGAGCCCAUCCAUAAGUUUGGUUUCAGCACUCUUGCUCUGGUGGAGAAGUACUCCUCUCCAGGACUAGGCCCCAAGCAGUCACUUUUUGUCAGAAUCAAUGCUGCUCAUGGUUUCUCAUUGAUUCCAGUGGACAGUUUAAAGGUCACCAUGAAAGAGAUUCUACAGAAAGCCCUCAAGAAAAGAAAAGGCUCACAAAAGGGUUCAGGCCCCAUGUAUCGUUUAGAAAAGCAGAUGGAGCCAAAUGUAGCAGUGGAGCUGGACAGUACACUGGAGAGCCAGAGCACACUGGAGUUCUGUCUUGUUCGAGAAAACAGCUCCAGAGGAGAAGAGAGCUCAGAAGAGGACCCACCCAUAGAUAUCAAUACAGUACAAGAUAUGUUGAGCAGUCACCACUACAAAUCCUUCAAGAUAAGCAUGAUCCACAAGCUCCGUUUUACUACUGAUGUUCAGCUAGGUAUAUCAGGGGAGAAGGUGGAGAUUGACCCUGUCACCAAUCAGAAAACUAGCACAAAGUUUUGGAUACGACAGAAGCCCAUCUCUAUUGACUCAGACCUGCUUUGUGCAUGUGACCUGGUAGAGGAGAAGAGUCCAAGCCAUGCAAUAUUUAAGCUCACAUAUCUUAGCAACCAUGACUACAAGGUCCUUUACUUUGAAUGCGAUGCUGCUACAGUCAAUGAGAUCGUGCUAAAGGUGAACUACAUCCUUGAGUCUCGAGCCAGCACUUCAAGAGCUGACUAUUAUGCACAGAAGCAACGCAAACUCAGCCGACGUACCAGUUUUAGCUUUCAGAAGGACAAGAAAUCAAGCCAGUAGAACAUAGUCAGAAUAUGACUCUCUUUUUUCUCUCAACCAAGCACAGAGAAAAAUUGAAAGAAAAAUCACUGUUAAAUAGAAGGCUUUAAUAAACCAGAAAUAUGGUGAAUGCAAAUUAGUGAGGGAAUUAAGGUUGUAUGGUUAAAAUUCAAGAUAUAGCAGUAUGGGGACUUAAAAAUUACCUUAAAUCAAGGCAUUUUUUCCUUGUGACUUUUAACAUUAAAACUGAACCAGACUUAUUUUUAUAAUACAUUGGGCUGUUCCAGAACUUAAAAAUGUGAUAAGAUCAAGUAUUACUCAUAAUAUUCUCCUCCCUUUUCAAGCCCCCAGUGUUGAUUAGACUCACUUUUGGAUAGUACAUGCAGAGAGCUUCCUACAAUGUCACAGAUUGAAAUGUGUCAGUAUAUACCUCUGUCAUACAGCCAUCAUUCCUCACCUCAUCAUGCUUUGGACCAUGUGCACAUAUGUACAUGACAUGGCUGAGAUAUUUAGAUAAAAGAAAAAUGAGAGUGCAGGUUUCACACACCAGAAUUGAAGAGUUUUAGUCCAAAUACCUUGUUCAAUACCCAGUUAAAAGUUGUUUUAUGAAUGAGUGUCUGAACACUGGGAACUGCAUGCUAUGACAGUUGUGAAUGCCUUGAUAACUCUGGGGUGAUCUUGUAAUUAAUUGCUUGUUUUUCACAUAGUAUUGUGAAUCAUUCAGUCUACUGACUAACAAAUACAGCAUUUCUUAAAUACAUAUUUUCUUUUGUGCUAGGUGCUUGCCCUGCACUACUAUCAUUUACAUUGAGUAGCGGGCAUCCAAUUUCCUAAACCACCUGUUCAUUUUCUUUAUCUUUGGCUCACCAUGGUCUACAGAUGGACUGCAAAACUUGUCCAUACCAUGGUACACUGCAUCUUCUCUUUAUAGCCAUUAUAUCUGUUCUUUUUCUCAUAAGAUUGUAAGCAUUUAGGAAAUUGUAAUUGCAUUUAGGUCUGACUUUGUUUUGUCAUGUGUCUACACUCAAGAAUCCAGGUGAUUAAAACUGCCCUAGCACUUUUAACUAGGGUUGACCUAACUAUUUGCAUAAAAAAAAACAAUGUAUAACAUGGCUUUUUGUUAUAACAUUUAACAAACUUAAAAUGUAUUAUUUGCAUGUUACUUUCUUUGCUUAGCACUUUGCUUAAUUUCAAACAUAGGAACAAACUUGCAAAUUGUAACUUUGUUGUUGCUGGUGUUUUUAUUUUUGUUUUGUUUAUUUUAUUUAUUUAUUUUGUUUGUUUUGUCAUGUUUGACUGUGUUGACUACUCAAGGCUUUUCCUGUUCAUUUGUUGUCUGUGAAGCUACAAUUCUAAUAAACUGACAGAAGGCCCUGGGAGGAAAUGCAGCAUAGUUGCAUUUCAUAUGUAAAAUGCAGCAUAAUUGCAUUUCAAAUGUAAAAUAUUUAAUAAGAUAUUUGGCAUUAACAAUAUUUGCUAGAUUAUGCAGUUACUAUAAGUACAUCUUACCAAUAAAGACUCACGUACUAUAAA